GCCCGUGGAACUACAACUCCCCCCCAAAAAACUGACACGGAAGUGACGUCAUUGCGAGGUCAUAGUUCGUUUUGUGUCAACACAUGUGCGUUCCCCGCAGCCCUGCGUUUGGAGGCAGGGGACUCGUGAUUUUGAGCGCUUUGCGUUCAACUCAAAAAAGGUAGAAAUGCCAAGGGACGCGUCAUGUUCAUCGAGUGAAGAUGAGGGGGACAACCCUGCCGCGGAACCAUCGGCGAAGCGGAAAGAACCCGGUAAGACUACCAGGUACCGGUGUCCUCCUGACUUUGUGUCUCUCUGCCACAAGCCCUGCGGCAGCACCCUGACGGAGAGUCUGAAGGACAACAAGAAUGAGUUGUGGCUCAUCAAAGCCCCCGCUGGCUUUAAUCCAGAAUGUUUCAGUGGCAUCAAGUUUCCCCUGUCAGGUCUCCAGACCCUGAAGGUUUCCACUGCUGCAGGCGGAGCCAAGACUGGGAGUGGCCAGCAGAUCUACAGCAUCCUGGCGUCCUCUCACUGCACCUCAGAGCUCCGCUUGCUCACCAGCGACAAGCAGUCGUCAGAUGAGGUUGUUUUUGGCCCCGCUUUCUCAGGCCUGCUAAAUGUUUGUGAGAGCUAUGUAGACAGUAGUGCUAACAUGGCCCCUCAGGUCAUCCCCGCUGCUCCAGCGCCCUCUAUACCGCCGGGGCUGAAACAGCGAUUCCACCCCUUCGGCAGUAAGACCCCCACGCUGACCUGCGUGGCAGAAAAUGAGGCGGACGGAGCCACCUUCGGGCCUUCAUCUACAACCCUCCGGCCCCUGGUACUAAAACGAUUCCAGGAAGAAUCAGGGCACGAGGAAGAGCCGAAGAAGAAGAAGAAGAAAAAGAAAGAAAAGCGGAUUAAGAUGGAGCGAGCGGAGUUGGCGGAGGAGGUGACAGUGAAAGUAGAACCUGCAGCGGAAAGCCAGGACGAAGUGAUGAUGGAGCUCCCCGUUCAGGAGGGUGAUACUUCAGAGAAAAGGAAGAAGAAGAAGAAAAAGAAGGACAGAGAGCGAGAGGAGGUGGAAGAGGGAGUAGAGCCCAGUUUGAGCGUGAAGGUGGAAGAAGUAGCAGUGAAAUGCGAACCAAUAGACACUUAUAGCAAUGUAGAGGAAGGGUUGGUAAAGAAGAAGAAAAAGAAGAAGAAAAGCAAAACUGGUGACGACUAGUCUGUUGUUUGUAGAUUUUUUUUGACUUUCUGAAAUUUCCUGGGAACCAUUUUACUACAAAUCUGUCUUAUCGAUCGUUGAUAGAUUGCAUAAUGAAAGACUUGUUUUUGCAUGACAUAUUAUUUUGAAAAAAAGAGACUUCAUGCUCUAUCAAUUCAAUAGUGACUCAAAUUAUUAAGUGGAUUCACCCACCGCAGCUUCAAUCUUGUGCUCAGAAAAUGACAGUAUUACGCGCAGAUAAUGUGCGCAGCUGCAGGCAACUUUGAGUACCAGCGCACAUCCACUAUCUAUCAAGUUGUGGUAGAUUUUUAUGGGACCAUGUUUCUGUGUUUGUGUAUGUUACUGGGCGAGUAACGUCACCGAUUUGGCAGCAGAUUCUGAAAACCAGAGCUGAUACAAUGACAGAAUAAUGGUUCAGUGUCACGUAAAGGUUGUUAGUUGUUGGAGCUGAGUCACGUGUAUUGGAGAAAUGAUUGUGUGUGCAGGAAAACAUGUGUGGACAAUAAACUCCUAAAGUGA